UCCUCAGUUGAAUCGCAUUAUUUGUAGUGGAUGAAUCUGAUGAGCUAUAAAGUUCCCGUUCACAGGUGGCCAGGAGGGGCGGUCAGAACGUAACAACAAACAAUACAACAACAAAUACAAUAAUACAACAACAAUACAACAACAAACAAUACAACACAAUAGGACAUUGUACGGGGUGGUCCAGUUGUCUUGGGACCCUCAUUUAAUUCUAAAAAACGAAUAUAUAUAUUUUUAAAGAGUAAGGUGUAUUUAAAACAAAUGUAUAUGCAAAUGAGACAAAUGCUCGUGGGGUCGAUUAUUGUUGCCGCGAUACCGUGAUCACGACACCCACCAGUCACAUGACCCCACGUGACCCUCUCCCUUUGUUGACCUCGCGAGCACCGCGCUGGGGGUCAACUUCGCGUGCGAGUGGAGGUCGACGCGCACCUCGAGCAGCCUCGUGCGCCCCCUAUCGCAGCCUCACAACCAAAGACAAAGAUCCCCCGUGUAGCUUUAACAGACUGUCGGGGCCAAGUGCUGUUAGCGAGCGCCUAUGAAGGUCAGUGAGGUGGUCCGGCGUUGCUUGCCAUGGCUAUGCUUGAAGUCUCCAUCAAUCCCAGAGAAGACUUCUCCGGGUGGCUGUCCGCCCACGGCGGGAGCGCACGCGCCGUCGAGGCCGUGGACACGGAGCUCGGCGUCGCCGACUAUGAAUCCUUCCUGGCCUGCGCCGAGCAGCCGCAGAUUCGUGCUGAGUUCCUCUCUGCCGCCAAGCAGAGGCUGCCUUUCGCUUUCUACGCCGCAGUGCGCAGAGCCACAGAAGCGCUGCUUACCAAGCGACAGGAGAGAAGCGGCAGGUUUUCUCUGCUGCCCGGGUCUCACUCCGGCCCCCCGCUGCAGCCUUUUCUCAGUGGCUUGUUGGAAGCCAUCGUUCUGAUGCUCAGCACCCUGAGCCAGGAGCUGCAGCAGUCGGCGGAGAGGUUCAGCUGCCUGGAGCCUGCGCUCUACAUGGACACGCUGGAGGACCCGGAUGCUGGAGUCUGCUCAAACGCAGCUGAGGAAUAUGAGACUUUGGCCGAUCCGUGCAUGACGGAAGAUUCUCAAGAUGCGCACGAGGAGAACAUGGAGGUGCUGCUGGAGCCAGGCCCCACGAGGAUUUUUGUGAAAAGAGACGACAGCUUGCCCAGGGGAAUUGCCUCGCCUCGAGAGAAGGCCCCAGGUCCCGCAAGGCUGUCGCCGGCGCUGGAGGUCACUCUUGGAGACAUUAAAACACCCGAAACGUUGGUGGAGGUCAAAGUCGAAAAAGAUGACAUCUCAAGAGACGAUUCGUUUGGAGGGUCCCCAAUAGAUGAAAUGUUUGAUGCCGUGGCCCAAUGUGGAGAUCUAAACGAUGGCGACGAACACGACAACCCAGAGCGUUGUGCGUGGAACCUCGACGCAGAAGCAGGCGUCAUCAUACACGUUGAUAACAUCAAAUCCAAGGAGGCUCGUUCGAUGUCGAUGAACGUGGAGUCCGCUGUGAUGCGGUGCGGAGCGCCGGAGGAGCCUUGCGGCAACACGGGCUGCUCGGCGUCAUCACUCGGGCAUGACGACGCUACCUCGUGGAGUGUGCGGAAAGAUUCACGGCAGGGUCUCCGCGGCCAGGGACAGUCUCGCUGCGUUGGCGCCUCGCUGCCCCGAGCGUGCGAGAGCAGCGGGCAGCACGCCCCUAGUGCCCACAUCGCCAACGCCACUACCGCCACAGCGCAGCCUCUACAGCAGCACCAUGCAGAACCCAGAAGGGAGGAUGGUAAGAGGAAAGCGUGCACCAUCGCUGGAAUAUACCAACAGAAUGUAGCACUGUUAAACUGUUUCAGAAAUGGCAGGAUCGCUACGAAUGACAGUGCAGCGCCUCUCGCCGACAUGGAAGCCAGCGUGAUCAGACCGCACUUCCAAACAGAUGCAGAAAUCAUUGACGCCAGAAGUCUAAACAUGAACUCUGCAAGUGGAAGUGCCAUACAAAAUUGCGUUAAGCGCUUAAAAGUAACCGCCCCCCAUAUUCAAAACACAUGCAGAGAAGCGGGGGAGAAGCCCUACCAGUGCAAGGUGUGUGGCCAGAAGUUCAGGGACCUGCAGUACUUUCGGAAGCACGAGCGGAUCCACGCAGGAGAGGUUCUGUUUGCGUGCGAGCAGUGUGGGAAGGUGUUCCUACAGUCGUUCGACUUGAUCCGGCACAAGCGCAUUCACACCGGCGAGAAGCCCUUUGCAUGUGCGGAGUGCGGCAUGGCUUUCCGGCUCAAGCACCACCUUGUGGGCCAUCAGCAAAGACACACACGUGACAAAGAUAGAAUCUUAGCCCAUGCCAAUUUGGAAAGCCUACCUCCAAGCAAUGUCAUCCACACAGCUGACAUUUAAACCACCAGGUAGAGAAUCGAAUCUGUCUGCCAUUGUACCUGUCCGCCAUUCAUUAAGUAAACAUGUUUCUGUGGCCAUCAGGGAGACGCACAGUGUUGCUUUUAAUUGAAACGUAACACUUGUACGGUAUACACACUGGCCUGCUAGAUCAGUGGUAAUAGUGAGUAGGCAGCCCUUUAAACAGCUGGGGGGGGUCAGAUCCCUAACGGCUGCUGAUGUCGCUGCGGCAGUUGAGGGCCUUCAUAGCGGCAAAGCUGCUGGUGUGGACGAGAUUUGCCCAGAGUUAUUGGAAGCGCUGGGCAGUGUAGGAGUGUCGUGGUUAACACGCCUCUUCAAUGUUGUAUGGAAGGCAGGUACUGUACUUCUGGAUUGACAAACUGGUGUCGUGGUUACCAUUUUUUUUUAAAAGAGGACCAGAGGGUGUUCUCCAACUACAGAGGAAUCGCACUCCUCACCGUCCCGGGUCAAGUUUAUGCCAGAGUGCUAGAGAGGAGGCGCCUGGUAAGGACGCCUCCUGAUAGACUGCCCCUGGAACUCUACCAGGAACGUCCCACUGGGCGAAUACCCCGGGGCUACCCCAGGACACGCUGGCGGGGGACUAUGUCGCUCAGCUGGCCUGGGGACGCCUGGGAAUUCCCCAAGAAGAACUUGAGUCGCCAGGGAAAAGGAGGUCUAGACCGCCUUACUCAGCAUGCAUGCUGCUGCCGCGACCCUCACCAGGACAAAGCGGACUGAGGAACGAACGAGGUGUGCGGGCAGAAACCGUUUCACAGCAACGCGUUUCGUCCCGUGCCCAAGCGACUGCGCGUAUGGUGAUCAACUGUUGGGUCAGCGUGCACAGUUGAUUGCGCGUCUUGUCAUCCAUCCAUAAGCAAUUUCUGACCAUGGCAGUUCGAACACACAAGGCUGCUGCCACCGGAAUUUUGACUGAAAAGCGUUUUGUCUAUUUUGCAUUUGUUUUCAAUAAUUUAUGUUUUCUUGUCUAGUUUUUAUUUAUCAAGCAUAAACCAUUUCGGACUUUCCAUAAAGUGUUUCCAGUUUCCCUAACCAGUGUUUAUGUUGAAGUCUGUGUGAUAACCAUGUCGAAUGUUGUGAAAUUUACCUACGUAUGUAUGUAUGUUGAACUUCUUUCGCAUCGCACGUAGCCAACUGUGCUAAUCGGAGGUGCUUAUGAUGGACACAAGUGCUGUAUCCAGUUGUUUUUUAGAAAGUUUGGAUAUUGUAAAAUCUCAUACAUAGAAAAAAACUAUUCUGGGUAUUGAUGUGAAGCAACGUUUUAACUCUUUGGUUCUUUCGGUAAAGUCACGUAGAAAGAAAAAAUCAUAGAUUAAAUAAUAGCAUACGACGUUUCGAUUGCAACACAAGCAAUCAUCAGGUGCAAAUGAAAGAGAAAACAAAACCUAGUAAACUUAGAAAUAUAAUGUAAUACAACACAGAUAGUCGGCUAACAUAACAGUCAACACCCUAUCUGGUUGAUUAGGUUCUUCCAAAGAUUGCUAAAUUUAAGAGAGAGAUUAAACACAGAACAGGAGACACAGACAGACACGUAAGCAGAGAGAGAUAACACAGACAGAGAGACAAACACAUAGGCACACAGUGCUGUGUGCCUGAUGAUGAUUGCUUGUGUUGCAAACGAAACGUCGUAUGCUAUUAUUUAAUUUAUUAUUUUCUCUUUCUACGUGACUUUACCAAAAGAACCAAAGAGUAAUUCCUGCAGUCACGAAAGCGCCAAAUCAACGAUUUAACUGCUAAGAAAUGAAGCUGCGCUCUACUUAAACCCGCAUCUUCGUGGGAGAACAGGCGAGAUUGGGAGGACAUCAUCGUCACAGCGGUAGCUGAAGAGGAUCGUAGUGCAGUACAACUCCCCAAGGCACAGGAGCCCCGAGCAGCGGCGUUGGCCUUGCCGCAAGCUGGCAGAGGAGUGGCCACUUGGCGCGGGUUCUCUGCCGGCCAGUGGCCACCACAGCAUCACUCGAGUUCUAAUGACAUCUACCAUGCCAGCUCAGACGUUACCCUCUUUAACAACAACACGACAUAAUGGACAUCGUUGUGGAGAAUGUGUAACGAUAUAUAUAAGCAGACAAUGCACCUUCCCAUAUCUGUAUCGACACACAAAAACACGUGUUAUGUCUCGUCAGCACUACGACGUGGGAGUUCAUCAUUUUGGCAAAAUUGGUUCAGUCCAAGCCAAGUCUGGACCGGUUUCAACAUACUGUACAGAUGUUAAAUGCUACAUUUCCCUUUGGCAGGGGUUUUCAAACGUUCCCAACUUGCGACCCACCUGAGUAGCCAGAUAACGUUGUGGGACCCGUGCCUAGUGAGCCAGUCUGAAAAGCAGGGUGGCUGGUGACUUCUAAGUUAGAGGCACAAGUACAAACUUAGACACAAACACAGACACGGAGAGACAUACGAAAACACUCAUGCAGUUGGGCAAAUUCUUGUCGUAGAUCUUUGCUUGAUGUUAAGAUUAGGGCUCCUUUGUGGCGAGAUGUUAACUACCUCGCCUGGUAUGAAGGAGGUCGUGGGUUUGAUCCCGACCCUGACGCCUGCUGUAUUAUUGGAGAUUACAUCUUCUCCACGUGGUCGCGUGGAUUUUUCUCCGGAUCUUUUGGUUUUACCCUCCACAUUUAGAAUCAACAUGGGUUUAGAAUAUUUGGCUGCAGAGCCGGCCCAGCCACUAAGCGACCCUUGCACUUGCAAAGGGCCCCGUGGCCAGCAGAGGGCCCCCUAGAGUCACUGCUAGCUCGUGGGUGAAAAAAAUCAUACAUCAAAGGGGCCUCCAACCAAAUUUUGCUUAGGGCCCCCAAAGGUCUAGGGCCGGUUCUGUUUGGCUGCUAUAAAUUUCUGCACGAUAAGCCACUUCAUUGGGCUAUAAUUUGUGGCUAGGUCGCUUCUGAAAAAGAGCUACAUAGCUCCGUUGACCUUGGUAAAAUAAAGAAAGUUUAGUAUGAGAAAGGGAUUGUGAAUUCUCGCUUAAGCUCCAACGCAUUCCCACCCACCCAAUGGGCCCACGGCGAUUUGUUGCAUCGGUGUGCCCCGAAGAUCGAGCAAGCUGGUAAGUGUGUGCGUGUCGUAGAAUGAUACAGGUCAAGAGUCAAUGUGGUACACGCAAACACACAGAUCCCCCCGUAUAGCCUGAACACUGCUGAGGAAGUGCUGUUAGCGAGCAGCACCUAUGAAGGCUGACACGGCACACGAGGGGGGUGGGUGGCCAACACCACGCCUGGCUGCCUUUGUCUCCCUAGUGGCGAUGUUUACACACCGUACCAGGUACUCGUGUGCUGUUCACAAGCUCCCCCCCCCCCAACUCACUUUGGAAACCCGUAUAAGCAGUUGCAUUUUGCUUUUAUUUGUAUUUUAUUUUUAAUUUAAUUUUAUCAUUUUUAUUUUCUAUCUACGUAACUUUACCGAAAGAACUAAGAAUAUGAAAUCGCUUGCAGUUUACUUGCAGCUAGUUAGAAUACCUCAUAAGAUGGACAAUUGGUUAAUAUAUUGAUGUUCAUUAUUCGUACAUUUAGUUCUGAGAACCGUGUUGGGGUCGGGCAAGGGGGGGGGGGGUUACUCGGUUGCAACAAAAUCCAACAAGGGGGGUAUCAGCAGUAGCCAAACAAGGUUGAGAACCACCAUUGCUCUAUGGGACACUAUUGAUGUGUCCCUGAUUUGAAAAAAUAGCCAAAUUCCCAUUUGUAUAGAGCGAUUCCAGAUGAGCAUCAUCGUGACUGAGUGGUUCGCCAUCUAGGUAGCCAAUGCAUAAUACAGGAAUCCCAUUAGAAGUUGCCACAUCAUUCAUUGUUCAGUUUAACACGUAGGGCUUUCGCGACCGAUAUCAUCAAUAUAGGUUUUUGGGUUAUAUCGUGUAAAUAUUGUGGGUUUACUCUCCAAUACACCGGUGUGCUGUACUAGUGUAGGGGAUGUCCCAGCCAUCCUCACGCACUCAAACCACGCAGACACGCAAUCUCCGCACUCAACAUAGCACACACCAUUCACACGCACAGAAAUACACUAGACGGGGGUCGGGAUUAAAGGCCACUAACGUCACAUGCACACGGCGCGCGAGACGGAGAUGUGUAUUAGGAUGGAGGGUUUAAAAGGGGCUGUGAAACGCGUG